AUGUGGCCACCGCAAGAUUCUCCCAGACUUUGCAGCGUCUUCAGCAAUCGAUCCCGCUCUGCGUUUGCCCGAGCUUCUUUGGUGAUCGAUCGGCCUCGCUCCCCCCUGUUGGUCCAAGUGCGCUCCCCCCUGUUGGUCCGAGCUCGCUGCCGGUGCUGCCAGAACCGGUGCCGGAAAUCUUACGACUUGGGCUUCGGUGAACGCCACUCUCUGUCUUCGGAAGUCUACAAUAAGAUCUGGCACACCACAGGUGUUGUGCCCAAAGCCAUAGGAGUCAUGCUGGGGACAAGCCCAACCAUCUCCUUCAGUGCCUGCAUGUUCUCUCUUCUCUCCCUAGGCUCCACUGAGUGUGUUCUCCUGUCUGUCAUGGCCCAGGACUGCUACUUAGCCAUCUGCUGCCCGCUGAGGUCCAGCUCCCUGCUCAGCAGUGUCCUGUCUGCUGGGCUGGCACUCAGCUCCUGGCUGGGAGGCUUUCUGGCCAUCUCACUGCUGGCCUUGCUGACAUCCAGGCUGAUGGUCUGUCGGCCACAUCUCAUCAAUCAUUUCCUCUGCGAUAUCGAUUCCUGCCUUGCCCUCUCCUGCAGUGGCACGUGGCCUGUGGAGCUGGCAACCUUCCUUGUCUCCAUCCUAGUUGUGGUGGCUUCCUGUGUGCUCACCCUGCUCUCCUACCUGUACCUCAUCUCUUCCAUCCUGAGGAUCCAGUCAGCCCAUGGCCGCAAGACCUUUUCGACUUGCUCUGCCCAUCUCAGUGUUGUCUCCAUCUGGUUUGGCUCCGGCAUGUUCCUGUAUGUCAAGCCAUCAGCCCACAGCUUCCUGGACCUGAACCAGGUCCAGCACACCUUGAACACAGUUGUCACUCCUGUGCUGAACCCCUUCAUUUACACCCUCAGGAACCCCAAAGUGAAGCAAGCCUUGUGGAGGGCUUUACAGAAGAAAUGA